AUGCGUCCUUCGACUUACAUUGCACGCGGUCUGAGCCUUGCCACCCUGUUGAUGGCGCUGGGAGUCUCCGCUUCUCCGGAAGAUCCUGAAAUACUUAUUGAAACCACUUUCCCAGAGAGCAACCCAUUUGGUCACGUGGUGAACGGAGAGCGUAACCAGAUUUUCCUCGUGGUUGAGAAUAGGUCUGACAAGAACGUGACCUUGCAAUCGGUUGCGGGGUCGUUCCAUCAUCCUGAGACUGGAGCACUUAUUAAAAAUACUUCUUCACUGACGUAUGGUUUCCCACUACUUGAGGGUUCAAAACUACAGAUUCCUUACUCUUUCUACUCUGAAUUCAAGACAGGAGACUUGAGACUCAACAUUUGGCUGGAGCACACCUCCGAUGACGACAAAUACCGCGUGACAGCCUACGACUCAGUGGUGACGAUUGUUGAGCCAGAGCCAUCGUGGUUUGAUUUCAAACUCCUUUCUACUUACCUCAUAGUUUUCGCGGCAUUCGUGGGUCUCUCGUAUGCAGCAUAUAAUGCCUAUGUUCCUUCGUCGAAGCCGAAACGCAAACGCCCAGCUGAGGUCGGUGCGCCUGUUGGCACAGUGACUGCCACUGGUUCGAGUGGCUAUCAGGAAGAGUGGAUUCCCGAGCACCACCUCAAGAAGACCAAGGGAAAGAAGACCAAGGCUGAAAAUCCUGCGAGCAGUGAGGACUUGAGCAGUGGUGAGGUCAGUGGUAUGGAUGCAAAGAAGACGAGGAAGGGGAAAAAGCAAUGA